UGAUGUCACGUUGUCGCCUUACGUAAUUUUUAUUUAAAAAAAAAAUCUCGUCACUCACACAAUCAGUCUAAAUCCGUCACUAAAGCUUUAGGUAACCGCAAGUCAAAAGAUCACCAUAAACAACUGAUUGAUUUUAUUUUAAUAAUUAAACGUGUUAAGAUUUGGCAACACCGCCUCUUGGUAAAAAUGACAUAACCUCAUUUAAUUUCAAAAUUGGGACAAAAAACUGCAAAUGACGGACAAAAACGUCGACAAAUUCCUCGUUAGUGGUUUUUCAGACGACGAGGAAGACAUAGACCCGGAAAGAAACCCCUCAGAAGAAAACCCCAAACAGAUACUCUCAGCCGCCGAAAAUGGCAAACUCGACGAAGUCAAGUCUCUGUUAGAGCAAGACCCAACUCUUGCCAAUGUAACUGAUAAAGAAGGUUAUACACCCCUACACCGGGCCUGCUACGGUAAUCAUGUGGAAGUCGUCAAAUAUUUGUUGCAAAAUGGGGCCAAUAUUGCCGCCAAGACCGAAAUGCAGUGGGAGCCGCUGCACUCUUGUUGUCAGUGGAAUAAUAUCGAGUGUGCUCAGGUUUUGAUAGCGGAAGGGGCUGACGUGAAUGCGCCUUCGGAAGGAGGGCAAACCCCUUUGCACAUUGCGGCGUCGCAUGGGGCCUGCUACGAUGUGGUGCAGCUGCUACUAAUGCAUCCGUAUAUUAAACCAGAAUUAAAGAAUGUGAGCAAAGAGACGGCGUACGACAUAGCGAGACGGAGUUCAAAGUAUAGGAAUGUUUUUGAUAUGGUGGAUCCUUUAAUAGAUGUAAAGAAUUUGCACGAUUUAUAAUAAACUAACAAAAAAAGUAACGUGAA